UUUGCACAAGGAUGGUCUGCAACGAGACUCCCACCGACAUCCCCAUGGCCCUGAAUGCAAGCGCCCAGUGGACAGGCUCCAGCUACCCAGCCUUGCCAGUUUCUCUCAGGGUACUUUUAGCCAUAGUAAUGCUGCUCAUGAUUGCCAUUGGAUUCCUCGGCAAUGCCAUCGUCUGCCUGAUCGUCUACCAAAAGCCCGCUAUGCGUUCAGCGAUCAACCUGCUCUUAGCAACUCUGGCUUUCUCCGACAUCAUGUUGUCUUUGUUCUGCAUGCCUUUCACUGCAAUUACCAUCGUUACAGUAAGCUGGAACUUUGGGGCUCACUUCUGCCGAAUAUCGGCCAUGCUGUACUGGUUCUUCGUCUUGGAAGGUGUAUCCAUACUGCUGAUCAUUAGCGUGGACCGGUUCUUAAUCAUUGUCCAGCGCCAAGACAAACUGAACCCUCACCGUGCCAAAGUGAUGAUUGCCCUUUCUUGGGCCUUUUCUUUCUGCAUCUCUUUUCCUUCUGUGGUCGGGUGGACCUUUGUAGAAGUCCCCAGCCGGGCUCCGCAGUGUGUCCUAGGAUACACCGAGUUCCCUGCAGACAGAGCAUAUGCUGUGAUGUUAAUUGUGGCGGUCUUCUUCUUCCCUUUCAGUAUCAUGUUGUACUCUUACCUCUGCAUUCUGAACACAGUUCGUCGGAACACCGUCCGGAUCCACAACCAUGCCGAGAACGUCUGCCUGAACCAGGUGAGCAAACUGGGCCUAGCGGGGCUGCAGAAGCCCCAUCAGGUGAACGUCGACAUGAGUUUCAAGACCAGGGCUUUCACUACCAUCCUCAUCCUUUUCGUUGGCUUUUCGCUCUGCUGGCUCCCAAACACGGUCUUUAGCCUGAUGUCAGUGUUCAGCAGGCAGUUCUACUACAGCUCCUCUUUCUAUGUCACCAGCACCUAUGUCUUGUGGCUAAGUUACCUCAAGUCAGUGUUCAAUCCUGUCAUUUACUGUUGGAGAAUCAAGAAGUUUCGAGAGGCCUGUCUGGAGUUCAUGCCAAAAACAUUUAAGGUCUUUCCUCCAGUGCCUGGACGAACAAGGAGGAGAGUAAGGCCAAGCACAAUGUAUGUCUGCAGCGAGCAUCAGUCCGCAGUCUAA